UCCAUCUCUCUCUCUCUCUCUCUCUCUCUCUCUCUCUCUCUCUCUCAUAUAAUCGGGUUCCUUUACGUUGGAUCUGAAAGAAGUAAAGGAAAGAACGAUGUUAGCUCUCUCUCCGGCAAGGAACUCAGCAAGAGGUGGUUGCUUCGAUGGAGAGUCAGAGUUCCUUGCGACGUCGUCUGACUUCACCAUCAAUCCGGAGGAGAACUUUCCGGUGUUCACUGACCAAGGCGAUCUUCUUGACAUCAUUGACUUCGACGAUCUGUUCGGCGUCGCCGGAGAUGUGCUUCCUGACUUGGAGAUUGACCCUGAGAUCUUAGCCGGAGAUUUCUCCGCCUCGUCCUCGUCGGAGAAGACUGAUAGUCAAGGGGAGACUAACAAAAAGGGUAUAUCGGAAGAAGUCGUCAGCAAAAGAGACGAAGACGAGACAGCUAUGUCGGAGAAGAUGGCGAACUAUGUCGACGGUGACAGUAACCGCAAAAGGAAAUAUUCCUCAUCAUCUGGUUCUUCUAAGAACAAUAGCAACGAAGGGAAGCGAAAGGUGAAGAAGGUUGAUUGGACACCAGAGCUACACAGGAGAUUCGUGGAUGCAGUGGAACAGUUGGGACUGGAGAAAGCUGUUCCUUCUCGUAUAUUGGAGCUUAUGGGAGUCCACUGCCUCACUCGUCACAACGUCGCUAGCCACCUCCAAAAGUAUAGGUCUCAUCGGAAACAUGUGCUAGCUCGUGAGGCCGAAGCGGCUAAUUGGACACGCAAACGCCAUAUCUACGGUUUAGACAGUACCGGAGUUAAUAUCAAUGGUCGGAAUAAAAACGGAUGGAUAGCACCGGCACCCACUAUCGGGUAUGCGCCUCCCCCGCCUGCGGCUGUGGCGUCGCCAACUAUUCAUCACCAUCAUUUUAGACCGUUGCAUGUGUGGGGACAUCCCACCGUUAAUCAGUCUGUCAUUCCGCACGUGUUUCCCAAACACUUGCCUCCACCGUCUACUGCCAUGGCUACUACACCUUUUUGGGUCUCCGAUAAUCCCUACUGGCCUAGAGUUCAUAACGGGACGGCUCCGUAUUUCCCGACCGUAGCUACGAGGUUUAGAGCACCGCCGGUUGCCGGUAUCCCACAGGCUAUGCCGCCACAUCAUACGGUGUACAAACCAGAUCAUGGCUACGGUGGUUCUCGUUCUCUGGUGGACUUACAUCCGUCAAAAGAGAGCGUCGAUGCAGCCAUAGGAGAUGUAUUGACGAGGCCUUGGCUGCCACUUCCGCUGGGAUUGAAGCCACCCGCUUUUGACGGCGUUAUGACGGAGCUUCACCGUCACGGUGUCUCCGAGGUUCCUCCGACCGCGUCUUGUGCCUGAAACGGACAAGCGCCCGAGGCAGCCGAACCAACAAAAAUUCGACGACAUGUCUUUCAAUUCUUGUAUCUUUUUUUUUCAAGGGAUAUGGCCCUUGUUGAGUGUUCAGAGUUAAGAGCCUGUUUUCUUGAUUGUCUCGGAUAACUAAUAAGAGCACCAUUAACCCUAGGGGAAGAAAGCACUUGCAAAGAA